GCCAGGUCGUCGUAGGUACUGGCAUGACGACCCUCCUCGUGUGACCUGUGGUGUGACCUUGUUCGACCCCAUUCGUGUGAAAUUCCGAAAUUUGGCGACUGUUUGAGCCGGGCGCUAUAAUAACGACAAACACAAGCAUUGUUCUGAUCAAUAUCAUUUCCAUUAUCAACGACGAUAUCUGUUUAUCCAAACAGUUCGAAAUUCAGUUAUCGACAAUCGCAUAUCAGUUGUUGUUUUUUUUGUUGUUGUUGUUCUAUCUGUCUAUGAAUUAUAUAUAAUAAAAAAAAUUCGACUGAACAAUGACACGAUGUUUGAGCGAAGAACGCCCUCUGUGAGUGAUAAUGGAAGGAGACUUAACGAGAUAAUUUUCGAAGGUCAAACGAACAUGACCUAGUUUUUGGCCACUUCCCUCGCCUGUUAUUUCCUUGCUCUCUCUCUCCUUCCCUUUUUUUCCUUUUUUCCCCUUUCUCUUUUUUUGGGGGGGAAGGGGCUGUUUUCUCUCUUAACAUUCGAAAAAAAAUCUUCACAGUGAAUCGAUUUUCUCUCUCUCAAGAACUGACAAUAUGACAAUAAUGGCGAAGUAAAGAAAACAGACAAAUAAAGAGAGAGAGAGAGAGAGAGAGAGAGAGAGAGAGAGAGAGAGAGAGAGAGAGAGAGAGAGAGAGAGAGAGAGAGAGAGAGAGAGAGAGAGAGAGACAGGUGGCCAAGGUAAAUGACCGGAGCCUGACUCCUUAGCAAAGAGAGAAAGAAAGGAAAAGGAAGCAGAGAAGAGAGAAAGAGAAAGAGCAAGAGUAAACAGCGGACGAAGAGGCGAAGAAAACAAUAAGCGAAAAGGUCGUCAGAAAAGCAAGUAAAAUAAGAACAAGGAAAAGAAGAAGCCGGUGUUCCUAGAUUGCAAGAAGAGAAGGACGACACACGGAAGAAAGGAAAAAAAGGAAAAGGCAGAAGAAAAGAAGAGAAGAAUAAAGUAAGACAGAAGGAAGAGCGAGAAGAAUAAGGACAUAAUAAAAGGGGGAAAAAAAGAAAGCAGGGAGAGAGCAAUAAGAGAGAAGAAGCGAAAGCAGGAGGAAGGAAGAGAGCAACGAGAGAGGAGAAGAGAAAGCAGGAGGAAGGAAGAGAAUAACGAGAGAGGAGGAGAGAAAGCAGGAAGAACGAAGAGAGCCAAUAAGAGAGGAGAAGAGAAAGCAGGAGGAAGAGAGAGAGCAACGAGAGAGGAGAAGAAAAGAGGAUAACAAGAGAGGAGGAGAGAAAGCAGGCGGAAAGCAGAAGGAAGAGGAUAACAAGAGAGGAGGAGAGAAAGCAGGCGGAAGGCAGAGAGCCACGCGAGAGGAGGAGAGCGCGACGGAGGCCGGACGAGGAGGCGCGCCGGAGGGAGCCCCGGCCAGCGCACCAUGAUGCCGGAACUCCGCUCGUGCCGCUACGAAACGCGCUAUUCGGGCAGCCUCUCGCCCGACGCCCGCCCGCACUCCGUCUCGCCCAGCUACCCCGCCCACACGCACGCUCACGCCCACGCCCACCACUACUCGCCCUCGCACGACCAUGCCCGCCCGUCGUCCGCCGACCUGGCCGCCCCCUUCCUGACGCAGCAGCACGCCCACCACGCCCACCACUCCGACAAGUACGACAUCAAGUGCGAGGACGACUUCCUGGACGACGAGGACGACCCCCACGUGCCGCACGUCCUGGCGCCGGCCUCGCACGCCGCCGGACACGCGCACGCCCGCACGUGUCUGCUGUGGGCGUGCAAAGCGUGCAAGCGGAAGAGCGUGGCGGUCGACCGGCGGAAAGCGGCCACCAUGAGGGAGAGACGGAGGCUAAGAAAGGUGAACGAAGCCUUCGAGCUCCUGAAGCGCCGCACCUGCAGCAACCCCAACCAGAGGAUGCCCAAGGUGGAGAUCCUGCGCAACGCCAUCGAGUACAUCGAGUCCUUGGAAGACCUCCUCCACGGCACCCCCUCCCCCGGCGGCGGUGGUGGGGGAGGCGGGGGCAUGGGGGGAGGGGGAGACCACGACCACCCUCCGGAUAACCCGUGCGGCGCCUCGCAUUACCUGGGUUCGGGAGGCUCCAGCUAUUACCCGGAGAGAAGCGGUCACUAUGGGGACGUCGGCGCUGGAUUUGCUCCUAUUGGCAGCCAGGACCACGGCGGCGCGAGCGGCGGGGGCGGCGGCGCCUCCUCCACCUCCAGCCUGGACUGCCUCUCCCUCAUCGUCGAGUCCAUCAGUCCAGCCAACACCGGCAUUAUCAGCAGCGUCACUGAUAAGAGCUCUUAGGUCGUUCGGGAAGAGGAGUCGUGGGUCGUUCGGGAAGAGGAGUCGUGGGUCGUUCACGAAGAGGAGUCGUGGGUCGUUCGGGAAGAAGAUGGAUGAGGCCGUCGUGAGUUGCGGGUCGUUCAGAUGGAGGACUUUGGGUGUCGUCUGCGUUGGAUGCGUAGGCGUCUCAGAACCUGAAGUCGUCAUCACCCGCCCUUGGGGUCGUCGUCGCUAAGAACGAACAACGAACUCACAGUCCUCGGUGCAGCAUACAUCGUCGUUGUAGUCGCCGCCGUCGAGGUCGCCGUCGUCGUCGCCGUCGUCGUCGUCGUCGUCAUCGUCGUCGUCCAGGUCGUACCAACAUACCUCCGCUGGUAGUUUCUCCCUACGACUCGAAGACUGGACUUCCUCUCGGGUUCAGAACGGGAAGGACCAAAAGGAAAGAGAGAGAACCAGAAGAAACGAGAGAGAGAAAGAAAGACAGAAGGAAAGGCAAGAGAGAAACGGGAUAAGGAAGAGAACAAUAGUGAAAUUAUGCGUUUUGAAAGGAUGCCGUGAAAAAAAAUCCAAAAUAUAUAAUAGACAAAAGAUUGAGUGAAAUAUUGAUUGACUGUGAUAUACAGAAAAAUAUAGAAGAAUAAAAAGGAGAAAAAGAGAAAGAAAUGCUCUUGUAAUAUUCGAUUCAUAUUUUUCUCUCUUAUUUCAUGAUCAUUUUUUUAAAAAUUCUUCAUUGCCUCUCUUUCUCUCUCUUGUUUCGUUGUUAUAAGCGACCAAGAACAACCAAAAAAAAAAAGACAGUGCUUUAUAAGAAUUUAAAUACGCAAUAAGGACCAAAGAAA